AUGUCGCAGCAGCCAAAUAGCAGUGACAGCAGUGCAGUGUCCAGGGAGACAUCUCCACAUCUUGUUUUGGUUGAUGGAGGCAACCGAAGAUCAGACUGGUACCUCGCAGACUGCAGCAAUGUAAGAACACAAAUCCAACUCUCCAGUUUUAAGAAGAUUAAUGGACCCCCCAUAACUGGACAUGUUUCUCUCCUCUUUCUCUCCUCUUCUGGCUCAACCUCCAGCAUGACUCUCUUGUCAGCCUUAUCCCUCCUGUACCUCCCUUUGGUACUAUUCCAAGUAUUCAUUUUUUGCAAACCCAACUAUGAGCGAUCUCUGGUCCCUAGCUCCGCCACGCGCCUGGUCGCACGCAUGGACGGGGACAUUAUAAUCGGAGCUUUGUUUUCCGUCCACCACCAACCGUCUACGGAAAAAGUGGCUGAACGAAAAUGUGGAGAAAUUCGUGAGCAGUAUGGGAUUCAAAGAGUGGAGGCCAUGUUUCACACUCUGGACAGGAUAAACGCAGAUCCAAACCUGCUCCCCAAUAUCACUCUUGGCUGUGAGAUUCGAGAUUCUUGCUGGCAUUCCUCAGUCGCGUUGGAGCAAAGUAUUGAGUUUAUCCGAGAUUCACUUAUAUCAAUUCGUGAUGAUAAAGAUGGGGUGAGAUGGUGUAUAGAUGGAGAUCCGUCAAACCAGCCUCCUCCCACUAAGAAGCCUAUUGUGGGAGUGAUAGGACCUGGGUCCAGCUCUGUGGCCAUCCAAGUUCAAAAUCUUCUCCAGCUUUUUAAUAUUCCACAAAUUGCAUAUUCGGCUACAAGUAUCGAUCUGAGCGAUAAGACUUUAUUUAAGUAUUUUUUGCGAGUGGUUCCAUCAGAUACGCUGCAGGCCAGAGCUCUGCUGGACAUCGUCAAGAGCCACAACUGGACCUAUGUCUCAGCCGUGCACACAGAAGGUAACUACGGAGAGAGUGGGAUGGAGGUGUUUAAGGAGCUGGCUGCUCAGGAGGGCCUCUGCAUCGCUCACUCAGAUAAAAUCUACUCAAACGCUGGAGAGAAACACUUUGACCGCCUGCUGAGGAAGCUGAGGGAGAGACUGCCCAAAGCUCGAGUGGUGGUGUGUUUCUGCGAGGGCAUGACUGUACGAGGGCUCCUCAUGGCCAUGCGCAGACUCGGCAUCGCUGGAGAGUUUCUGCUCAUCGGGAGUGACGGCUGGGCAGACCGUGUGGAGGUGGUGGAGGGGUAUGAGUUCGAAGCUUUAGGUGGGAUCACAGUGAAACUUCAUUCUGAAGAAGUCUCCUCCUUCGAUGAGUAUUUCCUGAAGCUGAAGCUGAGCUCAAACCACAGAAACCCCUGGUUCCCUGAGUUCUGGCAGCACCGGUUCCAGUGCCGUCUGCCCGGACACCCUCUGGAGAAUACACACUACAGGAGGAACUGCUCAGGGUAUGAGAGUCUGGUGGAUAACUACGUUCAGGACAGUAAAAUGGGCUUCGUGAUAAACGCCAUCUACGCCAUGGCCCACGGUCUGCAGGACAUGCACGAGGAGCUGUGCCCGGGCCAGAGGGGGCUGUGCCAGGCCAUGGAGCCCGUGGACGGCAGCCUCCUCCUGGACUUCCUCCUCCGCACCUCCUUCAGGGGCGUGUCCGGAGAAGACGUGUGGUUUGACGAUAACGGGGACACUCCAGGAAGGUAUGAGAUAAUGAACUUCCAGCAGCUGGAGUCUGGGGUGUAUGAUUACAUAAACAUUGGGUCGUGGCACGAGGGCGCUCUGAGUCUGGACGAUGACACGGUGAUAAACCGCAGUGAGCAGGUCCGGUCUGUGUGCAGUGAGCCCUGCUCCAGAGGAGAGAUCAAGGUGAUCAGAAAAGGGGAGGUGAGCUGCUGCUGGAUCUGUACUCCCUGUAAAGACAAUGAGUUUGUGCAGGAUGAGUUCACGUGUAAAGCCUGUGAGCUCGGCUGGUGGCCCAACGAACUACUGGAAGGCUGUGAGCCCAUCCCUCUGCGUUACCUGGAGUGGGGCAACCCUGAGUCCAUCAUCCAGGUGGUCUUCAGCUGUCUGGGCAUUUUAGUCACCUCUUUCGUCGCUCUGGUUUUUGUCGUUUACCGGGACACGCCGGUCGUCAAAUCCUCCAGCCGUGAACUCUGCUACAUCAUUCUGGCCGGCAUCUUUCUGGGUUACCUCUGCCCCUUCACGCUCAUCGCACGCCCAACUAUUGUCUCCUGCUAUCUUCAGCGCAUUUUAGUUGGACUGUCCGCUUCUAUGUGCUACUCCGCUUUGGUGACGAAAACCAACCGGAUUGCGAGGAUUCUGGCCGGAAGCAAGAAGAAAAUCUGCACCAGGAAACCGAGAUUUAUGAGCGCGUGGGCCCAAGUUGUGAUCGCGUCAAUCCUCAUAAGCCUGCAGUUGAGCUUAGAGAUCACGCUGAUAGUUAUGGAACCUCCAGAACCCGUCAAAUCCUACCCAAGUAUCCGAGAAGUUUUCCUAAUUUGCAAUACAAGUAACUUAGUUGUUGUAGCACCUCUCGGCUACAACGGUUUGCUGAUUUUGAGCUGUACCUACUACGCUUUCAAAACUCGUAAUGUACCUGCUAAUUUCAACGAAGCAAAGUACAUCGCGUUCACAAUGUACACAACCUGCAUCAUCUGGCUCGCUUUUGUGCCUAUCUAUUUCGGCAGUAACUAUAAGAUCAUAACCACGUCGUUUUCGGUCAGUUUAAGUGUUACCGUGGCGUUGGGUUGUAUGUUUACGCCAAAAAUGUACAUUAUAAUCGCCAAACCGGAGAGGAAUGUUCGGAGCGCGUUCACGACUUCGGAUGCGGUCCGGAUGCACGUUGGAGACGGGAAAAUCGCCUGCAGGAGCAACAGUCUCCUCAGUAUGUUCAAGAGGAAAAAGAACACCAGCAACGGAAGUUCUAAUGGAAAGUCUGUAUCAUGGUCUGAACCAGGUGCCCGGGCUCCACCCAAAGGCGAGCACAUGUGGCAUAGACUGUCCGUGCACGUGAAGAGACAGGACGCGAACCAGACCGCCGUCAUCAAACCGCUCACCGCCAACGCCAGCGCCUUCCAGGGAUCUGCGCUCGAAUUCUCCGACUUAAGCACCAAAACUCUUUACAACGUCGAAGAAGAAGAUGACGAAACCGAGCCGCUGAGAUACAACCCCCCCGAAACCCCACCUCCGAUGGUAGUACGUGAACAAAGCACCGUUACUACUACUGCAAAUGUUACUACGAAUAUUACGGUGAAUACUACUACAACUGUGAAUAGAGUUAAAGAAGAGAUACAGAUUAUUUCAAUGCAUCAAAACAACAAUACUCAAAGCGCUAUCCAAAACCACCAACCAGAAAUGUCGACGUUUAAAAGCAGUAACAGCCCAAAAGUGAAAGAUUUAAUAACACUACCCGAAGCGAGCAGCAGUAGCAGUAGCGGAGGAGGUAUGCCAGUGUACCGCCAAGCCAACUUCCUCCAACCCGACGCAAUGUUGCCGGUACAAUUCCACCCGUUUGAGCAACAGCACUCCCUGGAGGACGGAGAGGACGUGGACAAUGAGUGUUUCGGUUUGCUCGAAGGGUUUCUGUAUAACAACGCGCAGAUUCAUCACGAAGAAGGAUACGCCGGAGUCAAGGUGCCCGCCGCAGAGGAGACGCUGGUGCCGCUGAUGCCCCCUCCCUCGCCGUUUCGAGAUUUCGCGGGGGCGUCGAACACGAAUCCGUUCACGAAUUCGCCGAUGUCGGAGUCGCUUCUGGUGGGGCCUGAAGACGCGGUGUACGCUACGGUGAUGUUUGAGGACUACAGGCACAGCUCAUCAACGCUGUGAAGGACCACGACAGAACGGAUUUAUAUUUGAUAAGAACAGGAUGUUAAUAUGUUGUUCUAAUGUGAUGUGUGGAUUUAGACAGUAGAGGACAGUGUCCAGGUUAAGUUUAAGGCUCACUUUAUUGUUCUCAUAAGGAAAUGUGUCCUCUGCAUUUGACCCGUCCAUCAGAGUCUCUGCGUUAAACCUCUCAGGAGCUGUGGGACCCAUCUACACUUGUUUGUUCUAAUAGGGGAAUUUGUGUGAAACCUGCAUUUGACCUUCAGUGACUCUGGGUUCAACCCAGUGUUGGGCAUUUUACUUUUAAAAAGUAAUUAGUUACCAUUACAA